AUGGAAACUGAAACAAGUUUCUCACAAGUUGCUCCUCCUGCCUUUGAUGGGGACAACUAUGACCUUUGGGCAGUAAGAAUGGAGUCUUACCUAGAAGCUUUGGACCUUUGGGAAGCCGUGGAAGAGGAUUAUGAAGUUCCUCCGCUUCCGAAUAAUCCAACCAUGGCUCAGUUAAAAAAUCACAAGGAGAAAAAAACUAGAAAGGCAAAGGCAAAAACAUGUCUUCUUGCCGGUGUUUCACAAACUGUUUUCACCAGAAUCAUGACGCUCAAAACAGCCAAGGCCAUCUGGGACUAUUUGAAGGAAGAAUACGCAGGGGAUGAGAGGACUCGAGGCAUGCAAGUGCUGAACUUGAUGAGGGAAUUCAAAUUGCAGAAAAUGAAAGAGUCUGAGACAAUUAAAGAUUACUCAGAUAGAUUACUUUCCAUUGCAAACAAGGUUAGGUUACUCGGAACUCAAUUUGCUGAUUCGAGGAUCGUAGAAAAAAUUUUGGUUACAGUACCAGAGGGAUACGAAGCAUCAAUAACGGCUUUGGAGAACACAAAAGAUCUGUCCACAAUCACUUUAGCAGCAGUGUUGCACGCCUUGCAAGCCCAGGAGCAACGAAGGCUUAUGAGACAGGAUCAUGUGGUGGAAGGUGCUUUACAAGCCAAGCAUCAUGAAGUUGGAAGUACCGCAAACAACCCAUGA